GACUUCGUGGAGGUAACAGUCAUUUGCUGUGCGUUGGUUGUUGCCUCAAUGUCUCCUCAAAUGUCAGAAAUUAUUAGAAAUUUUUUUCUGAGAAGUCCGGAAAUUAAAUUCUGGAAUAAGUAUGAAAUUUUGAAAUCUGAAAUGCGUAAGAACCGUGUAUAUACUGUUUAUAUAUAUUUAAUGUUCUUAGAUUUUGAAGAAAAUCGUAACUCAAAACCUGCACGUUGGCAUAGUGCACGAAUGUAAAUGUAAUACUGGCUCUCUAGAACAAAACUGAAAUUUGUGAGUCGUUUAUGUUCCAACCUUUUAAGUCAUGUCGUCUUGUAAUCAGAUUGAUGCGUAACGUCACCACAAACAUCUGAUGUGAUGUUAUACAUGGAAACAUUGUAAUUUAAAAUAGAAAAUAUAGGUAAACUGCCGUUGACGGUAUGUUUGUUCCAGAAUUGGCCACUGUGGUUUACUAGCGGUAUAGCACAAUAUAGACUGGGACACACGUAUUUCUGGGUCACAGAUGUACAAUAAGACUAGAUCCAACCAACAGACAUGCCUCCCGUGCCUACAUGGUGGCCUUGCUGAAUGUGGCAACAUGCCAGCAAAGGAAAUGCAUUGACAUGGGUAAGGAAAGUAUUCAGACCCCCUUAAAUUUUUCAUUCUGUGUUAUAUUGCAGCCAUUUGCUAAAAUCAUUUAUUUUUUUCCCUCAGUGUACACACAGCACCCCAUGUUGACAGAAAAAAAUUUAAUUGCUGAAAUGAUUAAAGAAAAACUGAAAUAUCACACAGCCCUACGUAUUCAGACCCUUUGCUGUGACACUCAUAUUUAACUCUGGUGCUGUCCAUUUCUUCUGAUCAUCCUUGAGAUGGUUCUACACCUUCAUUGGAGUCCAGCUAUGAUUGAUUAUACUGUUUGGACUUGAUGAGGAAAGCCACACACCUGUCUAUAUAAGACCUUACAGCUCACAGUGCAUGUCAGAGCAAAUGAGACUCAUGAGUUCAAAGGAACUGCCUGAAGAGCUCAGACAGAAUUGUGGCAAAGCACAGAUCUGGCCAAGGUUACAAAACAUUUUCUGCUGCACUUAAAGUUCCUAAGAGCACAGUGGCCUCCAUAAUCCUUAAAUGGAAGACGUUUGGGACGACCAGAACCGUUCCUAGAGCUGGCUGUCCAGUCAAACUCAGCAAUCAGGGGAGAAGAGCCUGGUGAGAGAGGUAAAGAAGAACCCAAAGAUCACUGUGGCUGAGCUCCAGAAAUUCAGUCGGGAGAUGGGAUAAAGUUCGAGAAAGUCAAUCAUCACUGUAGCCCUCCACCAGCCGGGGCUUUAUGGCAGAGUGGCCCAACGGAAGCUUCUCCUCAGUGCAAGACACAUGAAAGCCCACAUGGCGUUUGGUAAAAAAAAAAAAAAACACCUGAAGGACUCCAAGAUGGUGAGAAAUAACAUUCUCUGGUCUGAUGAGACCAAGAUAGAACGUUUUGGCCUUAAUUCUUAGCGGUAUGUGUGGAAAAAAACAGGCACUGCUCAUCACCUGUCCAAUACAGUCCCAACAGUGAAGCAUGGUGGUGGGAGCAUCGUGCUUUGUGGUUGUUUUUCAGCUGCAGGGACAGGACGACUGGUUUGCAAUCGAAGGAAAGAUUAAUUCGGCCAAGUACAGAGCUAUCCUGGACGAAAACCUUCUCCAGAGUGCUCAGGACCUCGGAAUGGGCCGAAGGUUCAACUUCCAACAAGAUAAUGACCCUAAGCACACAGGUAAAAAAAUAACGGCAUGGCUUCAGAACAACUCUGUGACUGUUCUUGAAUGGCCCAGCCAGAGCCCUGACUUAAACCCAAUUGAGCAUCUCUGGAGAGACCUGAAAAUGGCUGUCCACCAAUGUUCACCAUUCAACCUGACAGAACUGGAGAGGAUCUGCAAGGAGGAAUGGCAAAGGAUCCCCCAAUCCAGGUGUAGAAAAACCUGUUGCAUCAUUCCCAAAAAUACUCAUGGCUGUAUUAGCUCAAAAGGGUGCUUCUACUAAAUACUGAGCAACGGGUCUGAAUACUUACAGCUGUGUGAUAUUUGUUUUUCUUUUUUAAUAAAUCAAUAUGGGGUGCUGUGUGUACAUUCAGGGGAAAAAAAUGCUGUUUUUGGUACAGUAACAAUUUUUUUGUCAUGCCGUUAGUCUAUGGCUACUAAUCUUAUACCUAGAUCAGACUACUGAAUUUUAGCCAUGAUAUUGGCCCGAUUAGCUAUCGUGGGCAAUAACCCAGAUUGGGCUGGACAAUGACAAAACUUCUUGUACUGUGACAUAAUCCACGACCAAUGAUUUGGUCCUACCUCUCUGCUCCUUAGCCAGCGCUGUCCACAUAACAAACACGUGUGCGCUCACAAGUGGGUCUUCUACCCGGAGGCAGCCUAUCAGAGGAAAGAGGGUGGUCUUAGCCAAAUAACAAAGCGGCAGGCCCAGACCGUGUGUCCCCAUCCAGUCUGCGCUGACAAGCUCGCUCCAGUCUUCACACAGAUCUUCAAUAGAUCUCUGCAACUGUGCGAAGUACCAUCCUGUUUCAAACCCUCCACCAUCAUUCCAGUCCCCAAGAAACCUACAAUCUCUGGUCUAAAUGACUACAGGCUUGUCGCCUUGACAUCUGUGGUCAUGAAGUCCUUUGAACGUCUCGUGCUGGAGCACCUCAAGAGCGUCACAGGUCCCCUGCAGUUUGCCUACCAAGCGAACAGGUUUGCGGAUGAUGCAGUCAACAUGGGACUGCACUUCAUCCGAGAACACCUCGACAGUGCAGGGACCUAGGCGAGGAUUCUGUUCGUGGACUUCAGCUCAGCGUUCAACACCAUCAUCGCUGAACUCCUUUCCUCCAAGCUUCUCCAGCUCAGCGUCUUGCCUGCCAUCUGCCAGUGGAUUUACACUUUCUGACGUGCAGGACACAGCAGGUGAAGCUGGGAGAGACCACAUCAUCCACACGCAGCAUCAGCACUGGGGCACCCCAAGGUUGUGUCCUCUCUCCGCUGCUCUUCUCUCUAUACAUGAACGACUGCACCUCAACGCACCCGGCUGUCAAACUCCUGAAGUUUACAGACGACACCACUGUCAUCGGCCUCAUCAAGGACGGUGACGAGUCUGCAUUUCGACAGGAAGUGGAGCGGCUGGAGGUGUGGUGCGGCCGACACAACCUGGAGCUGAACACGCUCAAGAUUGUAGAGAUGAUCGUGGACUUCAGGAGGCAUCCUUCUCCAUCGCUGCCCCUCACGGUGUCCAGCUGGCUUGUGUCAACCGUCGAGACCUUCAGGUUCCUGGGAAUUACAGCCUCUCAGGACGUGAAUGGUACAGCACCUUUGGCCUGCCUGGUAACAAUGCUUCACUCUCAGGUGAGGGGAGAUCGGGUCAAGAACAGUAUCUUCUUUAAGUUGCCUGGACGGAUGAGCUUGUUCACUCUAAAGAAGAAUGCUCUGCAGUGGACAAAGACUUCAGAGUCAGAAACACCAUCUGAGCUGGUGAGCAGCGCUGCUACCCCUACCUCCAGCAACACCACCAUCACAGAGUGUGCAGCAGUUGGCCCCACUGAGACAACGGAGCAGGAGAGCUGCAACUCCACUGAGACCACUGCCUCCAAUUUGGCCUUAACAGAUGAAACUUCAUCCAGUGUUACCGGUUCCACUGAGCUGCAAUCUACCAGUCAGCCUCAGACCCGUCUCAGCAGAGCAGCAGGAUUGCAGGGACGGACUGACACUCAGCAGGUCCAACAUGUUCAGCACACGCAGACCAGACUCAGCCGGUCCCGACAGUCAGGGAGGCAGCGAAAGAAAGCAGUCAUGAUGCCACGUGUUGUCCUCACUCCUCUUAAAGUCAAUGGAGAGCACGUGCCCUCGGGACCGAUGAAGAGGAGUCGAGGAGGGGUGGAUGUGGACUUUGAAACGCCAGGCUCCAUUCUUGUCAACACCAACAUCAGAGCUCUCAUUAAUGUGAGAACCUUUACAGCAUUCCCAGCCCAGUCCCAGCAGCAGCUACUACAGCUUCUCCCAGAAGUGGACCGCCAGAUUGGACCAGAUGGAAUGGCCAGAUUGAGUAAUUCAGCCCUCAACAAUGAGUUCUUUACACAUGCCUCCCAAAGCUGGAAAGAGAGGUUAGCUGAGGGGGAGUUCACUCAUGAGAUGCAGGUGCGAUUCCGGCAGGAAAUGGAGAAGGAGAAGAAGGUAGAGGCAUGGAAGGAAAAGUUUUUUGAGGAGUACCAUGGACAGAAGUCUGGCCUGACGAGAGAGGAAUCCCUUAAGCUCACAAUGGGUGAUUCGAGUGAAGUCGCAACAAGUGUCUUGGACAGUGACAGCGUCUCUGUGGUGUCAGCCGGUGCCCCCAAGAGGCGCAGUGUGGGUCGGCGGAGAAGAGAUGGUAGGAUGAGGAGACGCACCCGAGCUGAUCUGCGUCGCAGGGCCCGUCGGCCCCUAUGCAAAACCAGCUCUCCAGUCCUGCAUUCUGCAGAAGCUGCUGAGGACGUUGCCUCUCUGGAAACCUCCACAGUUUCUAUUGGUUCGCCCAUGUCAGAAAGUACAGUUAUUCAAGGGGAGGUGGUGCUACAGGCUGAAUGUGACGAGGAGCUCCCACCAGAUGACGUCUCCAUUGAGCCAAAGACUGCCACCCCUGAACCAGUCCUACUACCAGACCCCACUCCAACUCCUAUUCCCAGUCCAGCAUCCACCAGUGAUGACAAAGAACCAAACAUUUCAGGCUGUCUGCUCCCCGAAGAGGUUGCACCUGUAUUAGCUUCCGCCUCAUCCCCUUCGUCCUCCUCUUCUUCCUCUGACUCGUCACCUUCAUCCUCACCUUCCUCAGCUUCUGAUCAACAGGGAGCGUUUACCACUGGCUUGGACUCUUCUUCCUCCUCUUCUGUGUCAUCUGGUGCCGCAGUCACUACAGAUCAACUGGAUGACACUGCAUCCGUCGUCACCUCUGUCACAGGUGGAACAGCCACCAGCAGCCGUGAGAGCAGCCCCUCAGAUAGCCCAGCAGGGACCCCUGCACCCAGCAUUCAGCACAAGGAACAGAAGAGAAGGCCCGAUGAGACCCGGGCCUUCUCCAGCUUCCCCGAAAAGAGGCCACGGUUGAAUGACCAGCAGUCCUUUCGUACCACAAUUGACAGGGUCCAUUCAGAGAAACCGCAGCCGACAACGGAGGAACCCAAGGUGCCUCCAAUCCGGAUUCAACUGUCCAGAAUCAAACCUCCCUGGAUCAAAGGGCACCCCACCUACCAGAUCUGCCCCCGCAUCGUGCCCCCUGGAGAGGCCUCGCGGCGGUCGGGGACGGGGGGUGCGCGGACGCUUGCCGACAUCAAAGCCCGUGCGCAGCAAGCCCGUGCCCAGCGCGAAGCCGCUGCUGCUGUUGCAGCCUCUGCCGAAGGGCCAGGGCCGACCAGGGUCCGGCUGCGGCCUGCUGCUGGGUUACCGGAUAGCAACAGUGGACAGAGAGCGCAAGAACAUCCAGGACCUAUUGAGCCAGGAGGAGGAAGUGGAAGAAGGGGAGGUGGUGGGACACAGGAGCAAGGAAAGACUUCAGCAACAAAUUCGUCUGGAACACAAUUACAGCAUCCCAGUAUAGACGGCCAAACUCUGUCUUCACCAUCCCCACCUGCUACCUCAACUUCUCUGUUCUCAGAGCACUCGCAGACACCAAGCCCUCCUCAAAAAGGCAUGGGAAGGCUUCCUGUCGCAUCAUCCAACGUCCACACCCCUUCUGACAGACCCAUGGGCCAGGCAACUGACCUUCCCUGUCGAGAGACUAACACAGUGUCAAAUUAUGUAACCUCCCCGCUUGAUAGACAAAACAAGAUUGCAGUGUCUGCUACAUCCCCUUCCGAGAGGCUCGACCCUGCAAGGGAAAAAAGGCCACUCGCUCCAACCUCCAUCCCCGAUUCUCUUCCCAGGUUUGGGGCUCAGGGUGCUGUUGUUCAGAAGCUGGUCAGAUCCGUGACGCCUGUAGAGGUUGAACACAAGAAAGAGCGAUGCCUAGGUGGUGUCAUUCAACACAUUUCCCGUCAUCGUGACUCACAGGACGCUGACUCGGCUACCACCGUGCAACAAGCAGAAGCAUCAUCUCCCACCAUGGACUCCUCCAGCAGAGAUGAUGAGGGUGGGACACACAGUGAUUCCACAGAAACGGCUUCGGACUGUGAGAACGAGAGCCAGGUAGAUGAGCAGCAGUCUGAACAAGAUUGGUGUUCCCAGAUGAGAACCCAGAGAAAGAUGCAGGAAGCCAUUUGUAGCACUCCUCAGAACCGCCAGCCAGUUAUCCAAACCCACGAGUCCAGUUGCCACAGUCAAACGGUCAUUCAGCCUUGCUUUCCCAAUGGUAUCGCUCAUCCUCAACAGACCCAGCCCCUUUCUCAAGAUUGCCGCUCUCAGAGCAAUGUUGUUGUCAAAGUUGAAUCUGUGGAUGAUUGGCGAAGCACCACACAGUCAUCUGCUGAAGAAGAGUAUAAUGGACGUAUUAAGCCCUCUUCUUAUCCUUCAAGUAUUUCUGGAACGUCAAAGAAACUGUCCACUUCGACCAGACCAGUGUCCAGUGUGGAAGCCAACAAUCCUUUAGUAACACAGCUUCUACAGGGUAGCCUUCCCUUGGAUAAAGUUCUACUCCCACACACUGUCGACAGGCUAGAAAUCAGCCGACCCGCAGGACCCCAGCGAAGACCCGCCAACAUGGCUGAUGCGUCAGCCCAGUUACCCAACUCUCAAGGAACUGUAGCCUUGCAAGCAAAGUCCCAGAAAAGCUACCCUGUGUCAUGUUUAAUGGAGACCCCAACUACAUCACAGUAUCAGUCUCAACAGGCUCCUGGAGCUGUCCCUGUCAUCACUUCUCCGGCGUUCCCCACAUCAUCCUCCAGUUGCAUCUCGAGCAGCUCUAACCAUAGCCUACAUACAUCAAUUAUCAAAGAGUCACCUGUCCAUCAGCCGUCACAAGGGGCUAUUCCAGACAGGAGUCAGUCUGCUCACAGGAGCAUAUUGAAUGGGCCAUCUCCACCUCAUGCAGACCCUUGUCCGACAGAAGUUGUGCCUAGUCUUAAGAUCAACUGGCGAUCCCCACAGUCUCAGAUCCCACUCCCCAACCAACAAGAGCCAGCCCCUGUUCCCAAUGUGAAGACUGAAGUUGGUUCAAAGCCUUCUUGUCAGGCAGUUGCUAAAGCGUCCGUUGUUGUUACCAAGAAAGAGCCUAUAAGCUCUAUGGAUGGUUACCCCAGUGGAGGGGCAAUGGAGGGACUCCUCAAUAUGGAGAUGAAUUUGUCUCGGAUGGCUAAAAAAGAGUUCAGCAAAGCUCCAUACUCCUCCAGUUAUCACUCGUCCCCCUCCUCUCUCCCCUUCCAGCUCUAUGGGAAAAUUUCCAAGCAGGGUGAGAGUCUCGGAGGCGUCAGCUACACAGCCAAUGUAUCCGUGAUGGACAAUAGCACCUUUUCCCGAAACAUGGCGGAUGGCGUACUCCAGCUGCGACCUCGUUUGGCCACCAGCCAGGCCACGCUCAGCAUCCAGACCUUCACUGACAGUACAGCAGAGGAGGUGUCACUCAAGUGCUCCUGUCGCCUCAAAGCCAUGAUUAUGUGCCAAGGCUGCGGGGCCUUCUGCCAUGAUGAUUGCAUUGGGCCCUCCAAGCUCUGUGUCUCUUGUCUGGUGGUGAGAUAAUAUGUUGAAGCGCUGCAGUUACCGUGGCAGUCUCUUGGAUAGGAUCAAGUCCACACAGGAGUGGUCAGACAGGCAAGAUUUGCCUUGUAUAUUAUUACUGGGCUGUUUGUUUUUGUUGCACAUUUUCAGAUUUUCUUUUUAGCUGUAAUUAUAUAUUAUUAUUGAUAUUCUUUUUAUUGACUAUUAAUAUUAUUGUUUUGAGGCAUGGUUAUUUGCUAACGUUUUGGUUAUCAUGCCUCAAAAACAUUUACCUCAUCUUGUUCCACCAGUCAUUAUUAGGUGGCCAUUGUUUUUUUUUUUUCAUGUUGUCUCUGCGCAAAGAAGUAUUUUUUUAACCAUUAAAGAAGUAAAGAACA